AUGGCGAGACGGCGUUCUGGGGCCGCUGGGGCACGGUCACCGGCUGGGGGCACGACCUCGUACCAGGGCAAGGCCAGCCCGCUGCUGCGCGAGGUCCGGCUGCCGCUCAUCUCCAGCGACGCCUGCAGGCGUACCUCCUACGGCUCCAUCAUCACCCGCAACAUGAUCUGCGCCGGCCUGGCCGCCGGAGGGCGUGACUCGUGUCAGGGUGACUCGGGCGGCCCUCUGGUGGUGCGGCAAGAGCACAGGUGGCGCCUCGUCGGUGUCGUCAGCUUUGGCUUCAAGUGCGCGGCCGCUCAAUAUCCGGGCGUCUACACCCGGGUACAAAAUUACGUCGACUGGAUCAACUGGUACAUCGACAAUGAAUAGCAAAUCUGACCUCAAGUCUUGAAAUGGUGAGCAACAGUGCUGCAAGACCACAGCAUGGCCUCCAUUGACCAUGAUGGAAUGUCCACCGCAAAAGGCCAUUCAAACCA